AUGAGCCCGCCGCGCCGCGGGGCGGAGGCUGCGGCGCCCGACCCCGCCGCGAGCCUCGCGGCCAUGAGCUACCGCGUCGGCGCGCUGCUCGAGCGAGGGCUCGUCGGUCUCGGCCUCCGCGCAGCGCCCGCCAGCGCCCGCAGACACGCGCUCGUUGCGUUCGAUAGCGGCCGCCCUCAUCUGAGAGUUCUGGACGCCGCUGCGUUGGAUCUACUUGGGGCGAAGGCUGAGGCAUUAUUGCGCAGAACGCUGACGAGGUUCGAAGAUUAUGCGAAGAUCAAAGUCCUCCCCAGUUCGGAAGCGCAGAUGCGGGUCGCCGAGGUACUCGGUCUUGGUGAAGACAUUUGCUCCAGUGCGGCAGGGGAUUUCAUGUUCGCGAACCUAAUUCCUGACGUCGACAAAACGCAAGGCAAGUUGAAGCCUGGCCUCUGGCUGAGCAGGCUACUGGUACUCGAGGCCAAACUCGUGAACACAACCUGGAAGUGCAAGGGCAACCGGCCAGCUAAGGCACUGAACCCAACCGUCGGCAUGGUCCUCCAAGGGUUCACCAGGAUGAUAUCGAUGGCAGUGAACCUCGGUGCCACCAUGCUGCGUGGCGCUUGGCGCGCCAUGAUAGCUCGCGCGGGGCCGCAGUGGGGGCCCCGGAGCGUUUUGACCGGGUACGGGGUCGAGAUGAUCGGCGGCGGCGCGAUCUUCGCAGAUAAAGGGGCCAUCGCCGCAGUUGCCGGGGGCCUGGAUGGCCUCGACUCCGCCGAUUCCGCCAGGGGCUUGACCAUGCAAGAGUCGCGGGCGAGGCGCUGGCGCAGCGGCGGCGGCAGCAGGCCCGGAGGGGAUUCGCGCGAGAGCGGCGCCGUACCCGAGUCGAAGAUCGACGCGCGAGGGCGGGGUUUCGACGUCGCGACUUUCUUCGAGCGCGGCGCCGCGCCCGACUUGCAGACCAAGACGCGAGGGCACGCUGGGGAGGAGCUCCCGCCGCUGUGGCGGCCUGUGCCGCGGGCGUUGCGGUACUCACGGGGCCCGCCGCUGCCUUUCGAGCGGGCCAGCCUGCUGUUCGCCAAGCAGGCAGGGGGCUUCCAGGACGAGGACGGGGGCGGCCAGCAGUCCAAGCGAGCUCGCCUGGGCCUGGGCACGGACGACCUCGGGCUGCGCGCGGCCUCCUGGCGCCCAGCGCCGGGGGCGCCCUGGCUGCCGCGCCCCGUGCCGCUGCUGCUGCCGGCGGGGCGAUCGCGGGAGCAGGACGAGCCGCAGCUGGCGCCCGCUAAGCGCCCGCGGAGAACGGCCUCGGAUGUGGUGUUGGGCCUCAGCGCGGCUGGGCUAAGGGAGCUCGGGCUGGUACAGGACCCCGAGGACGCCCAGGCCCGCGAGGAGGCGCUGGCGGUCGCGGGCGGCCAGCUGCGGCCGCAGCAUCCGCCGGCUGACCCGGCGGGCUCCUGGCACUGCGCGCCGCUGUUCGCCCAGCCGACCGCGACGGUGAGCAGACUGACCUUGGAGCCUGCGCUGCAGGCCGCCAGGGAGGCUCGGGUGAAGGCCUUCGAGGAGGAGAAGGCCAGAGAGGAGGCCCGCCUCGAGGUGGCGAGGAAAUUGGAGGAGGCCAGGGAGGAGGGCAGGCGCGAGGAGGCCAAGCGCCAGGCAGAAGAGAGCGCCAGGAGGGAGAAGGCGGUGGCCCAGGCCGCGUCCAAGGCCGCGGCGGCCCGCCUGCUCGCCGAUGACAGGAAGGGUAUUGUUUUCGAGGAGGGGCGCCCUGGCGACGCGCCGGCGCUGGCGACCAAGUCAGGGGCCGCCGCUUCGUCCACUGGCGACGUUUCGAUGAAGUCCAGCGCGUCGCUGACGCCCAAGGAAGCAACUCCGAAGGCAGAGGCAGAAGGCGACGAGCAGGACGAUAAAGUGGAGGUCAAGGACGCCGACACGCUGUGGCGCGUCAACAUCGAAGCAGUCUACAGGCGCAAGAACCCCAAGCUCGUGGGGAAGGUGCCAGAGCUAAUUAAGAAGUACAAGGACCAGCAGAAGUCGCUUGCGGUGCUCUACGCGAAGGUGUGCCGCCAGUACGAGCUGGACCCCACAGUGAUGUGGGCCACCAGGAAGCAGGAGGAGCCGACGGAGGACGACGACGCCGACGGUGGCUUCAAAGACAAUGCCUUCGAUGCCGGCGACGAGAAGCCGUCGAGCGCGGGCAAGGCGGGGCCAGAGCCGGGCCAGGACUCCAGCGCCCCGGCAGGCGCGGCCAGCGCUGGGGUGGGCGGGGGCGCCGGGUCGCUCGCGGGCCUCUUCGGGGGCGCUGGAGGCAGCCUCUUCGGGGACGCGCCCAGCGGCGGCUCAGGGAGCGGCUCGGGAGGUGGCCUGUUCGGCGGCGCGUCUGGCGGCAGCAUCUUCUCGGCCAAGGCCGACGGCGGCAGCACUGGUGGCGGCUCCCUGUUCAGCUUCGGGGCCGCGGACGCCGGCGCGGCCUCCGGCGGCGCGGCCAGCUCAGGCGCCACCGCGGCGUCGCUUUUCGCGUUCGGCGCCGCCCCCGCCGCGGGCGCCCCGGCCGCGGACGCCCCCUCUGGCGCCGCGCCCUCGCUGUUCACGUUUGGCGGCCCUGCCGUCGCUGACGGCUCUGCCGCGCCCGCCGCCGCCGGGGGCGCGGUGGCCGACGCCGCCGCCAGCAUCUUCGGCGCGGGCGGGGGCAAGUCGAUCUUCGGCGCGGCGCCCGAAGAGGCUGCCACUGGCAAGGCGGCCGCCGCGGCGCCCGCCGCUGGUCUAUUUGGGGCGCUCGCGGCCAA